AUGUCCAAAAUUCCAUGGUCCAUCACCAGUACCAAGCGGAAGACCGAGUCCGCACCCUUGGCGGCAAGGAAGCGACAACGACGAAGUAACAUCCGUGUCACCUCUGGCAGUCGACCCUCAAAGAGCCAACAGACCUUGACCCAAGCCGAAUGGCUCACUUCCAUCCCUUCGAGCUACGAUGAAAGCGAGAUGCAGUAUCUCGACGACGGCGGGCAAAGGCAACCGCAGCCACCCAAAAAGCCUCGCCGGAGUGUACGGAAGCCUGAUUCUACGUUGACCCAGAUGGACUUCUUCAGUUCUCUACCUCGACAUGACCAAGAUUUUGAUGACGCCAUGAUUAGUGUUGCAGAAGGCGAAGAUGACGGCCGUUGCGUUGUUCCACAACUGGACGGGACGUACGACAGCCCGAGGCGGCCUCGAAAGCGCAAAGCCACUCCGAGCGCUGCCAGUCUGCCUACGAAGCAGAAGACGGAGCCUCCGAUCGGAGACAGUCAAGAAGAAUACAAGCCUAGCAAGAGAAGGAGAAAGGUUGGCUUCGCAGACGAGGAGAACACGAUGGGGCCCCGAAGGGCAUCUAAGCGUCUGGCAUCGAAAAACGAGGUGCUCUUAGAUCCAGUCAAGAAUUUCGAUUACUUUGCUGAAGCGCUGAGAGAUCCUGCGGAGCACGGGAGAUCAAACGCCGCAGAUGAGCCCUUGAGCGAUUUUUUGGAGAUCGAGGACGCGACAGAAGACGAGCCUGGGAUUCUGCUAAGUGGAUGCUCUGUUCUUCCACAAACGCCAAAAAGGAACACCACUGUUAUUCUCUCAAGCCAAUCUCCGGAAAGCUUAUGCAAGAGUACGCAUAAGAGCGACCCGAAGGUGGCCGAAACUCCUUCUAAGGCUCGCCGACUACCUUUGGCUGAGCGAUCGGUCAAUAUUCCAACAGAAGCCUCCCCAACCAGAAACGAAGGGAAAAGACGGCGGACCCCAAUGCGCAAGUCGCCAAAGAGCAAGGUGGUCAUCCUAAAGCUCCGGAAGCGAGACAGCCCUCGACGUCCUCCAUAUGUUGGAGAUUCCCAAGUGAAUUUGUGGUCAAUUCCUUCAUCCUCGCCUGAGCUGAUAAGAGGACCUGCAACCGCUGUCCAAGCACAUGUACCUCCGCACAAAGCGCCCGAGGAUUUUGAGAUUCCUGCCACAAGCCAAGCACAGGGAAGUGGAUCAACUUCCUUAGUUGCUGGGAGUGAGGACAAUCUGCCAAACCCGAGUCAGCUGUUUGCUCGCAGAAGCGGUGGCACCAAGGCAGAGGAUGCGGUGGAUCCUACGCAAGAAGGAAAUAGAGGCGUCAUUGUUCGAGACUUUGCUAACGCUCAUUCUCUGCCAAACGGCUCGGCUACUCCAGGUCUUGAUGGCAUCAUCAGGUCUUCGCCGCCUGUCCCUGCAGAGUCACAAGAUCCACAAGAGCCAGCGGGUGAUUCGGAGGAAACUGGUGAGGCUGUGGACUUUGGAUCGCCAAUCGAGAAUGACACGCAGUUCAAUAUGCAAAUCCAGCACCGUAUGUCCUCGUCUACUCCACCAGAGCAACGUCUUGAGGAGUCAGGAGCUGGACCCAACGCUGGUCUCCUUUCGACACCGCCGUCACUUGAUGGCGAAGAUGCCGAUAAAGUCGACGCAGCUCCGUGCCCUGCCUCCCAAGACAUUGGCAUACUGCAGCCGUCCGAUUCACUUCCACUGAUUCCCCGACUGGUAGAGCGUUGCAGCGCAGAUGCAGAUAAGGAGGCACAUGAACUGGACGACGAUGAUGCAGACGAAGAAGCUCUGCCGGAGCCCGCGUUUGUUCAUCCGUCGACCAUCCAUCGAAAGGCGACACAAGCGCCAUUGAACGACACCUUGCAUUCCUCUUCUUCGCCUUCCCUUUCGGCAGCAAGACCUGUCACGCAAAGAUCUGUCCACCCGGCGUCAAUUCCUCACCCGUCACAAAUGUCGACCCAAGAUGUCACGCAAUGUUUUCUCCCACAGUCAUCCAUCCCACCACCGCCUCGGGAAGGGUUGCUUGAAGGCGAACCCGACAAGGUUACGAUCAAAGACUCCAGCUCUUCCAGCAUUCCGCUCAGUCAGAUUCCCCAACAUGUCAAACAGGACGAAUCUCAACUGGAUGGCGACAACAGUUCAGCUGAGGAAUCUGCCUCUGAAGAUGAUCUGGAUCUGGAUCUGGAUCCGCCUUCGGUCCCGCCUAAACCAUCUCGACCUCGGGCGGCUUUUUUGCAAGAGGAUACCGAACAACCCAUCGCCGGAAAAGGCAGAACAGAGACACCCAUGGAGACAAAAGGCAGGCACAGCGCCAAAUCCCUGGGUCCCCAGUCCUCAUCACAGCUCAGAGAACCUCAAUCUGAACUCGAGUCAGCAGCCGGCUACGCAUCCGAAGAACCUUCACUAGCAUCCUCUCCAGAACAACCACCCCCGUUGCAACGACAAUACUCACCUAUUCCCGGAUUCAACAACGACACGCAGUCGAAUUUCACACAGGGUGGGCACGUCACGGCCGCGUAUAUUCAUCGUCAGCGCGAAUCGGGCGUAUUCCCGAAAUGGUUCGUUCCCUCGCCGUACCAGGUUCCGGGGUAUACGAGAAGGAAAUGA